ACCCGAAAAGACUAGCGACCACCUUGGAGGUGGAGAAUGAAGAAUCAUGUGUCACUUAUAACAUGUUGAAGGUCUCUAGGAUUUUGUUUAGAUGGACAAAAGAAAUGGCGUAUGCAGAUUAUUAUGAACGCGCAUUGACUAAUGGCGUCUUGAGUAUUCAAAGAGGAAAAGAACCCGGGAUAAUGAUAUACAUGUUGCCAUUAGGCCCGGGAAUGUCAAAAGCUUUUGGAUUUCAUAAAUGGGGAACACCGUUUGAUACGUUCUGGUGUUGUUACGGGACAGGGAUCGAAUCAUUCUCGAAAUUAGGUGAUUCGAUUUACUUUGAAGAAGCAGGAAAGGAUCCUGGGCUUUAUAUCAUUCAGUACAUAUCAAGCUCGGUUAACUGGAAACUUGGGCAGAUUUUUCUCGAGCACAAAGUAAAGCCGGUUGUGUCGUGGGACCCGCGCCUUCGAGUAACAACUACAGUUUCCUCAAAGAAGGAAGGAUUAUCGUCUAGUUUGAAGUUUAGAAUACCGUUUUGGACUACAUUGGAUGCAAAAGCAACACUUAAUGGUCAGGGUAUUCCUCUAGUAUCGGCGGGUAAAUUCUUAUCGGUCACGAAAAAAUGGGGUGCAUCGGACGUAAUUACUCUUGAACUACCGAUAACACUUAGAAUGGAGGCUAUUCAAGAUGACCGGUCUGAGUUCGCUUCUCUUAAUGCAAUCCUAUACGGCCCCCACCUACUCGUCGGCUUGACCACAGGUGAAUCCAACCUAAAACCGGCCUCGGGUUCUCUUUAUGAAUGGAUCACUCCCAUCCCAUCAGAUUACAACUCCCAGUUAAUUUCUUUUUCUCAAGAAAACAGGAAUUCAACAUUUGCUCUAGCACACACAAACAAGACCAUCACAAUGUUGAACUACCCUAGCCCCGGAACUGUCGAAUCCGUUUUCUCAACAUUUAGAAUCAUCUCAGCAGAUUCCAAAACUCGGGUAUCCUCGUAUAAGGAUGCUAUAGGCAAAACCAUCAUGUUAGAACCAUAUGAUCUACCCGGAAUGUUACUUGUACACCAAGGAAAAGAACAAGCUCUCGGAAUCAGUGGUUACUCCGAAAAGCAGAACGCGCUAUUCCAUUUAUUGGGUGCAAAUAAAGGUGUGGUUAGAUUAGAAUCUGUGAGCCAAAAGGGUUGUUUUGUGCAUAGUUUGGAUGGAACAGUGACACUGAGGUGUGAGUCAGGUGAACCGGAUGCUGUGUUUGUCGCAUCAACGAGUUUUAAGGCGAACGAUGGGAUCAGUAGUUACCAUCCUAUUAGCUUUGUGGCUAAUGGGUUGAACUUGAAGUAUCUUCUGCAGCCAUUGUUCAGUUUGAGAGAUGAACAAUAUACAGUUUACUUUAAAAUUCUUUCAUAAAGAGUGGUCAUUGUUGUAGGAAUGAAAAUUACAAAAAUGGUCCUCUAUUACUGGGCCGGGCCGGGGUUAAUAUCUUGGGUCCUGAGUUAACAAUCUUCGCCAUCUUGUGCGGUAUCCAGUUUUACGCUACGUGAUAAAUUUUGUACACUGUGGUUGUUCUUAUUAUGACCAUCAUUACUGAAUGGUGCUUGAUUACUUA